AUGCUGCAGAGGGUCGCUUUGCUCCAGCGUGCGGUUCUGCAUUCACCUGCAAUACGAAGCCUGUCCUCCGGCUCUGUGGACAUCACGGCCCCGCUGAACUUCUGGGGUGGCAAAAGAAGGGAGAGCAAAGAAAGAAACAAUGUGGAGAACGUCUACGAGCCUUCAACAGGGCGCGUCCUGUGCAAGUUGGCACCAUGUGGUGCUGCAGAGGUGGACCAGGCUGUGGAGGUAGCCAAGUCGGCCUUUGGUCCCUGGAGUAAAAUGUCUGGAAUGGAGAGAGCAAGGGUGAUGAUAGAAGCUGCUCACAUCAUUGAGAAAAGGAGAGAGGAGAUUGCUGAAAUGGAAGUUGUCAACAAUGGCAAGUCCAUCACAGAGGCGCGUCUGGAUGUGGACUCUGCUCGAUUGUGUAUAGAGUACUAUGCAGGAUUGUCCAGCACUCUUGCGGGUCAGCAUGUGCAGUUGCCAGGCGGAUCUUUCGCCUACACACGCAGGGAGCCUUUGGGUGUAUGUGUUGGCAUUGGUGCUUGGAAUUACCCUUUCCAGAUUGCUGCUUGGAAAUCAGCCCCAGCACUGGCCUGUGGCAACACCAUGGUGUUCAAGCCAUCCCCUGUCACGCCUGUGACAGCGGUCAUGCUGGCAGAGAUCUAUGAUGAAGCAGGAUCUCCACAGGGUCUCUUUAAUGUGGUGCAAGGGGGCCAGCAGACAGGUAGUUUACUCUGCCACCACCCUGAUGUUGCAAAGGUGUCCUUCACUGGGAGCGUUCCAACUGGACAGAAGAUUAUGAAAACGGCAUCCAAAGGGGUCAAACCAGUGACUUUGGAGCUUGGCGGAAAAUCUCCCCUGCUCAUCUUUGAGGAUAGUGACCUGGAAAAUGCAGUACGGGGUGCUCUCAUGGCAAACUUCCUUUCUCAAGGCCAGGUUUGUAGCAAUGGGACUCGAGUUUUUGUCCAGAAGGAUAUUCUGCACAAAUUUGUAAAUGAGGUGGUGAAAAGGACGCAGGCUAUUGAGAUUGGCGAUCCACUAUUGGAGAGUACCAAAAUGGGAGCGCUGGUCAACCGGACACAUUUAGAGAAGGUCCUGGCUUUUGUGGAUCAAGCAAAGAAGGAGGGAGCCACUGUAUUGUGUGGGGGUGAGCCUUUUAUCCCUUCAGACCCUAAACUCAGACAUGGAUACUACAUGACUCCCUGCGUACUGGUGAAUUGCAGAGAUGACAUGACCUGUGUAAGGGAGGAAAUCUUCGGUCCCGUUAUGUCUGUGUUAUCCUUUGAAACAGAAGAGGAGGUGCUGGAGCGAGCUAAUGAUACAACCAUGGGAUUAGCUGCUGGAGUUUUCACCAGGGAUGUCCAGCGUGCCCACCGUGUGAUUGAACACCUCAAAGCUGGUUCCUGUUUCAUUAACAACUACAAUAUCACUCCUGUUGAGGUUCCCUUUGGAGGUUUUAAAAUGUCAGGCAUUGGGCGGGAGAACGGACAGGUGACGAUUGAGCACUACUCUCAGCUGAAGACAGUGUAUGUAGAGAUGGGGGAUGUUGACAGCCUUUUCUAG